AUGGCCGACCAACACGAGGUCGAUCUUGACUCUAUAAUCGACCGCCUACUCGAGGUACGCGGCAGCCGUCCCGGCAAGCAGGUCCAGCUGCUUGAGACCGAGAUCCGCUACCUCUGCACUAAGGCUCGUGAGAUCUUCAUCUCUCAGCCCAUCCUCCUCGAGCUUGAAGCUCCUAUCAAGAUCUGCGGUGACAUCCACGGUCAAUACUACGAUUUGCUCCGUCUCUUCGAAUACGGCGGCUUCCCUCCAGAGGCCAACUACCUUUUCCUCGGUGACUACGUCGACCGAGGUAAGCAAUCCCUCGAGACCAUUUGCCUGCUCCUGGCCUACAAGAUCAAGUACCCCGAGAACUUCUUCAUCCUCCGUGGCAACCACGAGUGUGCCUCCAUCAACCGAAUCUACGGCUUCUACGACGAGUGCAAGCGCCGUUACAACAUUAAGCUGUGGAAGACCUUCACCGACUGUUUCAACUGUCUUCCCAUCGCCGCUAUCAUCGACGAGAAGAUCUUCACCAUGCACGGCGGUCUAAGCCCCGAUCUCAACUCGAUGGAGCAGAUCCGCCGAGUGAUGCGCCCCACUGACAUUCCCGACUGUGGUCUCCUGUGCGAUCUCCUGUGGUCGGAUCCUGAUAAGGACAUUACAGGCUGGAGCGAAAACGACCGUGGUGUUUCGUUCACUUUCGGACCCGACGUUGUCUCUCGAUUCCUCCAGAAGCACGACAUGGACCUCAUCUGUCGCGCCCAUCAGGUCGUCGAGGAUGGCUACGAGUUCUUUUCUAAGCGUCAACUCGUGACCCUGUUCAGUGCUCCCAACUACUGUGGCGAGUUUGACAAUGCAGGUGCCAUGAUGAGCGUCGAUGAGAGCUUGCUUUGUUCAUUCCAGAUCCUGAAACCCGCUGAGAAGAAACAAAAGUACGUCAAAAGUGGUCUUGGGAGUGGACGCAAACCAGUCCCUUCCAAGAACAAUAUCAAGUUAUGA